AUGACUGAACCUUCAAAUAACCGUUACAACAAUACUACAUCUGAAAUAACUGAGUCUUCAAUCGAAUAUGAUGAUGAUGAGAGCAAUGAUUAUGAGAAGAGUGUCGAUUUUGAUGACAUAGUUGUGUCUAAAGAGGAGGAUCAAGGUGAUCAAGAAGAGGAUCGAGAUGAUCAAGAAGAGAAUCAAAGCAAUCAAGAGGGGAAUCAAAGUGAUCAAGAUGAUACUAAUACAGAAUCUGAUUUUGUUGGUAACAAUAUUAAAGAUGUCAUUAGUAAUCCUGUUCAAGAGCUUUUUAUCUGUAUUUUUGUAAAUGACUCUUGGACAUAUGCUUCUCCUAUCGAAAAACCAUAUUACUCAGCUAAAAUUUAUCCUAGUAUUUGUUAUACUUGUGGUAGUUCUAAUGAUGAAAAGAUG